CGUGUGUAUUGUGAUACGUACUGCCUGCCCAACAAAAAGAGAAUUUAAUUUAAAAAGUCGUCGAUUUUCGAUAAAGAUGACCGAUUAAAUUAUUCCAUUUUGUACUUGUUAGUGUUUUAUUACUAAUCACAAAUUGUUAGAAGUCUCAAGACAAUAUUAAUCAGUUAAUUCAAUUUGCUUGGUAACUAAUGGCUGCUAUGGAAUGUCGGAGUAGGUUGUUGAUUUAGUAUUCAGCUUGUGUUCUUGAGUCCUACAACUGGCUAAAGUCCAAAUAUAACUUGAGUUACUAAAAAAUGUUCUCGAAGAAGAAGAAGAAGCCACUCAUUUCUCCACCAAGUAAUUUUGAACACAGAGUUCAUACUGGAUUUGAUAAGAGAGAAGGAAAAUUUGUGGGCUUACCAUUACAGUGGGCCUCUUUAGUUGGUAACAACCAGAUACUAAAGUCCACUAACCGACCUCUGCCUUUAGUAGAUCCCUCUGAAAUAACACCAACUGAAAUACUAGAUCUCAAAACUAUUGUGAGAGGUGACCAUCGAAUUACCUCAGUUUCUUCCAUCAGUCGUCCAAUGUCUACUACCAUGCCAAGUCAACCAGUUCAGAAUGGUGUUAUUCUGCCGAAGACUUCAAACGUUGCCAGGUCUAACUCAUUGAGGAGUUCAAGCCCACCGAAGAUCCGUAGAGAGUUACGAAGUCAGGCUAAUGUGCCUCCAGCUGUGCCGGAAGAGUCUCCCCCUGUGCCUCCAGCACCACAGCAAUACCCCAGUUUGCGAAGAGAGCCAAGCAACUAUACUUUGAGUAAAACGAUACCUGAAUCCCCUGUGGACUGGUCUCAAUCAACACACGAAGCCACAGUAAGGGCCGUUCCAGAAGUAAAUGAUAAUCACCGGGUGGGCAUGACAUAUCUGAAUGUGCAGAAUGCUAAUGUGCCUUACCAACACAAUCAUCCUCCUCAGCCAAUGGUUCACAACAUGCACCAAGGUCACAAUGGAAAUAAUGCCAACAUGGGUGAGUCAUACCCAAUGGCGCGUCACCAGCAUGCGGUACCGGCGGCCGCGGCGCCGCACCUGCCUCUCGCCGCCUCCAAGCACGAGCUGCGGCUCACUCACGAACAGUUCCGUGCUGCUCUGUGCCUGGUGGUGAGCGAGGGUGACCCGCGGGCUUCCUUAGCGGGCUUCAGCAAGAUCGGCGAAGGCAGUACGGGCGUGGUGUGUGUUGCCACAGAGAAGGACACCGGCCGCCGCGUCGCCGUCAAGAUGAUGAACCUGCGGCAGCAGCAGCGGCGCGAGUUGCUGUUCAACGAAGUGGUGAUAAUGCGCGACUACCCUCACCCGAACAUCGUGGAAAUGCACGCGUCGUACCUGGUCGGCGACGAGCUGUGGGUGGUGAUGGAAUACAUGGCGGGCGGCGCGCUCACCGACAUCGUGACGCGCCACGCCGCCAGGAUGGACCCCGAGCUCAUCGCCACCGUCUGCAAGCAGUGCUUGAAGGCGUUGGCGUUCCUCCACGCUCAAGGCGUCAUACACAGAGAUAUCAAGUCUGACUCAAUACUCAUGACAGCAGACGGGCGCGUCAAGUUGUCAGAUUUCGGUUUUUGUGCUCAAGUAUCUCAGGAACUUCCAAAACGAAAAUCUCUUGUGGGAACACCAUAUUGGAUGUCACCUGAAGUAAUAUCGAGAUUGCCAUACGGUCCCGAAGUGGAUGUCUGGUCGUUGGGCAUUAUGGUCGUGGAGAUGGUAGACGGCGAGCCACCAUUCUUCAAUGAACCACCCCUUCAGGCGAUGCGGCGCAUUCGCGACAUGCCGCCGCCGCGGCCGCGCCACGCCGCGCGCUGUCCGCCGGACCUCAUGUCCUUCAUUGAGUGCGCCCUGGUGAGGGACCCGGGCGCGCGCCAGUCCGCCGCCCGCCUAUUACACCACCCGUUCUUACGGCGCGCCGGGCCGCCGGCUUUACUUGUGCCGCUGAUGCAACACCAUCCACACGUGCAGCAGUAGAAGAUUGCCCCAGUGAAAUGUCAGUACUUUCUUCCAUAUCCGCAGCGACCCAUAAUGACCAAAAGUAUUGGCCAAACUCCGUACUUUCUUCCGCCCAAGCCGUGGCCCGCCGGAUCUCAUGUCCUUCAUCGAGUGCGCGCUGGUGCGAGACCCGGGCGCGCGCCAGUCCGCCGCGCGCUUGCUACACCACCCGUUCUUACGCCCC